UCUAUGAUCGGCGGCAGCCUGCCGUUGUAGCGCACGCGUCACGACUGUCCCGUCGACGAUGACGGUGAUAAUAGAAUAUUAUGACGAUGAUAACAAUAAUAAUCGUAAUCACAAUAAUAAUAAUAAUAAUAAUAUCGUAGCUACGUAUUUUGAUUUCGCCGCGCGGUGACGACGAAUAGUGCGUGUACGCGCUCCGAGUCUGGCAGACGGCCCAUCCGUCCAUCGUUAGAGGCCAACAGCUGUUCGCCGUGGUCUGCGGUCCAAGUACGACGCGCGUCGUUCGCAUUCGUCCAACGCAAGAAAAGCUCGACACGGAAACCGACGACAUGAGUGUUGAAAACCUGAACAACCGUCGGCCCUCGUCCGACCACACCACAGUUUUAGGUUCUUCAAGCAAAAAUAAAAGAUCAAUACUCUAUGGUAAAACAUUUGUUAUUGACAUUGUUGACAAUAUAAUAAGCUCAAAAGUGGAAAAGCUUAUUAAUGCAUAUGGAGGAAAAAUAAUUCAAUCUUUAGAAAAGAGUACAGAUUAUUUAAUAUCAGAUAUGAUACAAAACGAAGGGAUAAAGUAUAAUAGCAGUUCAGAAACUAACAAUAGUAGAAGAGAUAUUGAAGUAAAAAAUGGCCCAUCUUCUAAACGUAAAAAUUCGGUUGAUCUCAUUAAUAAAGCUAAUAUAUUAAACAUAAAAAUUUUAUCUGCUAAAAAGUUUCAACAUUGGCUCAAAUCUUUAUUAAAAAAAUGUCGUACCAACAAAAAACCUACAGAUCAAGUUGCAAGUGUACUAAAAGGAAAAGUUAGUUUAAAAAUAGAGUCAAUGGAUCAAGGACAACGUCCUGUAUUUGAAUUUAUACCCAAGUGGCCAGAUUUAGGCGAUGCAUUGUGUAAAAAAAAAACAAAACAUUCAACUGAAAAUAAAUAUAUUGGGGAUAAAAGUGGUGAUGAUUACUCCUCUGAUCAAUACAGUACUUCAGAAAUUGGUGGAAUGUGUGAACUAUGUGACAUGCCAUUUAUGAAUUAUAAGGAACAUAUAAAUACAAAAAAACAUAUGAGAGAGAGUCAAGAUGAACAGAGAUUUCAUGAAUUAGACGAAUUAAUUAACGAGAGGCCUUUAAAUGUUAUUUUUAACCAAUUUAUACCCAAUAAGUCUGAAAAGAAAAUUAACAGAGAUCAAAAUUUAGCUCAGAAAACACCUAAUCUUAAAAACUGCAUAGAUGACACAGUUAUUACCAUAAUUGAUUCCGAUUCCGACGAUACUGAACAAAAAGAUGUGCAUUGUUCGUUUGGUAAUAAAACUUUUAAAGAACAAGCAUCAGUAAGUUUAAAGAGAAAAUACCAAUUUUCUGACUCCGAUAUUACUUUUGUACCUCAAAAGAGACCUAGUAAGAAGUUACAUUCACCAGUACACGAUGAAAUUAAUUUUUAUAAAAAAACCAAGCGGAAACGCAAAACGCAUCAAAAACCAUCAUAUAAGGAUAUAUAUAAAGUAGAAGUUGUAAACAGCCAUCCAUCAAAAUCAAAUAAUGAUAAAAUUGAGUCUGAUCAACCACCAGUUAUAAUACGUUUAAAGAGAGUACAAAAUUCUAAAAAUGAAUAUUCUUCAAGUGAUGUUGAAAGCCAUAGAUCAAUGUCAUCAUCAGAUAAUGAUGAUGAAAUCCCAAAGGACCCUACACCAGAUCAUAGAUAUAUACGUGUAGUUAGAAAACCAAGUUUCAGUGACGGAACUGAAAUUUCACCCUCAAAAGGGUACACAGAAAGUCAAAUGUUUACAUUUGAGCAUCCUGAGUUGCGUCAUAAUAUCUAUAAAGAUAUUAAAAAUAUUUCUUAUUAUCCUACUUACACUUGCAUCCCUGAUACCAAAUCUAGUAUUGAAUACAUACAAGAGAAGAUGGAAAAUUUGGGUACUCCUAGUUUAAAUUGUACGUUAUCAUAUAAUGAAUCUUUAAAAGUUAUGUCUAAAAUGGAACCUCAAAAAAUCGGAGAAUGGUUCUAUAAUAUUCCUAAAAAAAUUCAUGAUAACUUAUCAUUCAAUUCCUCUACGUUAGUCCCACUCACUGAUUUGUCAAAAAUAAAAUCUUUUGUAGUCCCAAAAAAGAAAGUAAACAGAAGUUCAACAUCCUCCAAUUCUAUUAAAUAUUGAAAUUUUAGUUAAUUAAUGUUCCAAAUGGUUUUGUGUCCUAUCUGAGAUCUCUUAUAGUUAUUUUAUUUAGGGUUUAAUUUUAAUUGUUACAUUAAAUUAUAUUUUAAUUUGAUGUUAAAAACCUGCCUCCCUACUUUUAGGUAAAAAACAUUUAAUUUAUAUCUUCCUCAAAGUUAUAUCCAAAGAUGUUUAAUUAUUAUUCAAUUCAUUUAUACCAAAUACCAUCUAAAAGUAUUAAAUCAAUUCAAAAAUAUGGAUCUGUUUUUGAUAAAUGUUUAUUUCAAAUAUUGUUUAUAAAUUUAGUCAAAUGUUCAUUUUUGUUUAUUAUUUUUUUUUAUUUUUUUUGCUUUUAAUACCACUUAUUUGUUAUUAAAAUAUUUUAUUUUAUUUCAAAGUUUAUAUUUAUGUUAAUGUUAAUAUAUGUUUAUUUAUUUAUGGAACUAUUUUAUUUUAUUUGUGGAACAUUGUUCAGCCAGUGCCUUGUUGAAAAUAAUAGUCCAAACUUUUAUUACAUUUUUUAUAUAAACAAAUCCAAACAAAACCUUAUAUAAACCAACUAAUGAUUUAAGGAAUUUAAUUAAUAAACAAAUUUAUUUUGUUGAGAACAAUACUUUAACAUAACAUUGUUAACAAUAUACAUAGUUUAUGAUGUAUGAGUGUAAUGACUUUCAUUCUUAAAUAAAACAUGUUUUAUAUAAUAGGUAAAAAAAAUUAUAUUUAUAUAUUUAAACAUAAAAUUAAAAUGAUACAUCAACAAGUUAAUGUUUAUUUAUUUGAGUUUGAAUUAGUGUAAGUAAAACAAAUCAAUAUCAAUCCAUAAGUGUUAAAAUGUUAAAGAUAGCUAGCUUUUUGUUAUUGUUUUUUUUUCAUUUAUAUUUUAUUGUUGUGUUGUGAUUUAAUACAUUUUUACUAUACAUAUUAAUAUACUUAUAAUAUUAAUUAUGAUUUAUUUCUUUUUUGAAUAUAUAAAUGUUUAUUUAUAAUAUUAUUUUACUGUUAUAUUCUAUUAAAAUGGUCUAAUAACCAUUUUUGUUAACCGAAUUUAAAUAUAUGUAUUAUGUUUUGUAUGCCAGUUUUGAUUGUCAUUAGACUGCUUUAAAGUAAAAGUUUUAUCAUGGUUAUAUACAUUGGCAACAAACUAUUCAAUAUACUACAUAAUAUGUUUGUGCUAUAUUCAAUUUUUUUUUAAAUAAAAUAUAUGUAAUGGUUUUUUCUUUGUUUUUGCCAUUUUGUGUUUAGACUAGUGAAUUUAAAUAUUAUAUUUUUUAAACUAUAAGUUGUGAAUUUUGUUUUAAAAAUAUACGUGUGCCUUUAUUUCAA